CUGAAAUUAUAUAAAAUAUUUAUUGGUUUCCUCUCUAUUCAGCUACUUGAUCAGAGAGUUGAUAGUUUAGAACUUACUAUAUCAGUAGAUAAGCUUACUGCUAUAUAUAGUCUUAAGUUUCUUAAAAUACUAGUAACUCUUGAAUACUAUCUAGGACUU